GCGGCGGCGCUCGGCCCGGCCCGGCUCGGCCCGAGAUGGCGACCAAGAACUUCCGCGUGAGCGACGGGGACUGGAUCUGCCCCGACAAGAAGUGCGGGAACGUCAACUUCGCCAGGAGAACGAGCUGCAACAGAUGCGGCAGAGAGAAGACGACGGAGGCCAAGAUGAUGAAGGCAGGGGGGACGGAGAUCGGGAAGACGCUGGCGGAGAAGAGCCGGGGGCUGUUCAGCGCCAACGACUGGCAGUGCAAAACCUGUGGCAAUGUGAACUGGGCGCGGCGGUCCGAGUGUAACAUGUGCAACACCCCCAAGUACGCCAAGCUGGAGGAGAGGACAGGCUAUGGAGGAGGAUUCAAUGAACGGGAGAACGUGGAGUACAUAGAGCGGGAGGAGUCCGACGGGGAGUAUGAUGAGUUUGGGCGCAAAAAGAAAAAGUACCGGGGGAAGCCGGUGGGUCCUGCCUCCAUCCUGAAGGAAGUGGAAGAUAAGGAAUCUGAGGGGGAGGAUGAGGAGGAUGAGGAUGAAGAUCUCUCCAAGUAUAAAUUGGAUGAGGAUGAGGAUGAAGACGAUGCUGACCUGUCCAAGUACAACCUGGAUGCCAGUGAGGAGGAGGACACCAACAAGAAGAAGAAGCCGCCGAGGCGCAGCCGCUCCAAGUCCCGCUCCUCCCACUCGCGCUCGUCCUCGCGCUCAUCCUCUCACUCGAGCUCAAGGUCUAGGUCCAGGUCCCAUUCCAGGAGUUCUUCCAGUUCCAGAUCGAGAUCCCGCUCCAGCUCCAGGGAACAGUCCCGAUCCCGUGGGUCCAAAUCCAGAGCUUUCCAAACCAUUGGUGGUCCAUUUAUCAGGAAAUACUGCUUAGCAAAAUUUCUUAGGAAAGCUGCCCUGGCAGUAGCAGUGCUCUUGGCAGAAUCCAGCUCCAGGUCCUACAGGGGGUCUUCCACCCCAAGGAAAAGAUCUUACUCCAGCUCUCGCUCCUCGUCUUCCCCCGAGAGAGGCAAGAAGCGAAGCCGCUCUAGAUCCUCUUCCUCUGGUGAUCGCAAAAAAAGGCGCUCGAGAUCACGGUCACCCGAAAGACGCCGCAGAUCUUCCUCCGGAUCCUCCCAUUCUGGUUCCCGUACGAGUUCUAAAAAGAAAUAAUGUCUAAAAGCUCACACUUACAAAAACCCACCAAAAUUCCAGUCAGUGCAUGAGACAUUUUUAAGAAGUUGGUGUCUUACUUGGUCAGAAGUGCUCAAUCUGCUAGUAGAGGUGCAUGUCUGUCCUGGCUUUCUGGCAAACUGCAGCUUUGUUCAUCCAUCACCCAAACCCGCAGUAGCAUUUUAAGCCAUAAACUCCCCGGCACACGGGGAGGUUCUGUGGUGUAGGGGGGGGGUUUGUUAAUUCUCAAGAUCAGUUCCUCCACUCCUGGCUCCCUCAGCUGGAGGAGCAGGUUGGGAAUGUCCUGGCACAGCUCUUGGUGUGAGCAGGAAGCCGUGAGUUUCCCAGGGCAGGAUGGAGCUCCCGUGGGACCACAGCAGGGGCAGGGCUGGGGGCACCUGGGGCCAGCAGUGGGGCCUUGGGCAGAGCAGUUUUUAUUUUGCCAUGCAGCAGUGCCAGUGCAGAUGGACACCCCUCUAGCAGCUCAAACCCCCCAGUCCAUCAUGAUUCCAGAGGGAAUUAGCCUCAUUCCUGGCGAGGGAGGACGUUUGCAGCCAGCACAGUGCUGUGGCUGCGGUGCUUUCCAGAGCCCGGACUCCAGGAUCCCUCCUUACAAACGGAUCACUUGGGAUCUGCUCUUGGGCUGCAGGAGUAUGGAACUGGCUCCUUGGAAUCAAGGGAAGCUUCCGCAGGCCGCCUGUAAAAUUCCCUUUGGGGCUGACUAAAAUUUUCAAGGUAUCUUAAUUUUAUUUUUCUUUACCAAUGAGAAUGAAUAAACUGUGUAGAAAGUUCUGGCAUCUUCAACGUCUUCUUCAUCGAUCAUUUUUUCCCUUUAACAUAAUUUAUGGCUUAAAAUGCUUUAUGGAAUCCAUUUGAGUAUAAAACUUGGUCUCUCUUGAGCUCCGUUUGGUUAAGAAAGGUUUAAGUUUCUUCAGUGCCAUCACAAGGUAAGUAUGGUAAGGAAAAUUCUUUUUAAGCAAGCAAAGAGCAAUAUACCUUCAUUUAUUUCAGUAAUAAAACUGCCAGAUUUGCUGCUUGUUUUGAUAAACUGCGCAGAAACAAACGGAGCAAAAUCUAAAAACUCCAUUCUGCUUUUUUUUCUUUUUUUUUUUUUCCUCUUAUUUUUUUUUUUGAGCCAUGUCUUAUGGACUGGUCUAGAAACAAAAUGUUUUUGGUGUAGAGGUAUUUUGAUAAAUCUCUUUGCAGAAAAAAAUGCAGUUUCUUCUUUAAUGCUUUCUUUUCUUUCUAAUUUCCAUGCUAAAUGUGUGUAGGUUGCACAAGAGCAGGUUAGUCUGUAACUGUGCCUCUGACUUCAACGUCCAACUAAACUGUAAAACCAGAUCAAGUAGACGCUCUGUUGUUAGCCUUGGGUUUUCUUGUGCUUUGUAUUCCAAUUGUUGCUGUACUUAACAGAUGAGAGGUUUCAAACUUAGCAACUGAUAGGCCACAGGCAGAGGAGAAGGAUGGUUCAUUUGGCUUAGAGAACGUGUAAGGCAAAAUAAUGCUGUAGACAAGUGUAAAUAAAACCUGUGAGUCAA